AUGAAAGAUCUCAUCAACGACCCCAACUCCCUGCCUCCCAAGCUCAAGAGCAUGGCCGAGGGCCAGGGCCGAACGAGCCAGACCUGCUGUGGGCGGCACUGCUCUCACUGCCGCCCGAGGCGCUCCGGCCGGGCUGCGGCGUGGGGGUGGGGAGGCCGAGGCUUGGUGACCUUCAUUGAGCUCCUCGCCAACCUUCCCUGCGGCGUUGGCAUUAUCCCUGGUGGCCCUAGCGGCGGCAAGACUUUCUUCAACAUGCUCAUCACCACCAUGGCCGAGGGCCAGAACUCACUUCAGAAGGCGACCUUCUUUGAGCUCCUCGCCAACCUUCCCUGCGGCGUUGGCAUUAUCCCUGGUGGCCCUGGCGGCGGCAAGACUUUCUUCAAUAUGCUCAUCAUCGCCAUGGCCCAGGCGGGUAUGAUCGAGUUUGUGGAUGAGGAUGGCAACAAGAAGCAGCGCCGGCCCAAGAUUCUGUAUCUUCUCGACAUCAACCGCCCCGUCGGCAUCAACCGCCCCCUCUUCGCCAACCUUCCCUGCGGCGUUGGCAUUAUCCCUGGUGGCCCUGGCGGCGGCAAGACUUUUUUCAACAUGCUCAUUACCGCCAUGGCCCAGGCGGGCAUGAUCGAGUUUGUGGAUGAGGAUGGCAACAAGAAGCAACGCCGGCUCAAAAUUCCCAUGUCAACCCAGAUGAGGAGAGGACCUGGUCUUGAUUUCAAGCCUGGAAACGGCGCUGAUAUCAUCUUCAACCCGACGCCCCGUCAUCUUGCGGCAAACUUUGAGUGCUGUGCCGAGUAUGGGCGUUAUCGUUCGCCUGCCCGAGCCUCCUUACAGCUUCGGACCCUACAUACCUUUAGCCUCGGCGCUCCUCUGCUUGCUAUUGCUUGGGACCCACCUCGCGCCUGCGCCCCGGAUUGCUUCACACCUCACGUCGUCCCGAGAGCUUCUGAUUGCUCGGCUGUGUGCAAGUUUGGACGGCUGGGCGACUGGUCUUUGCGCGCGGGUGGUCAGGUGCUGCCGGGUGGUGCCUGGGGCGGAAGACACCGCACCCGACCGGAGUCUCUCCUCAGGUCCAAAAUCAAGCCGCCUUUGGCACGUAGCUUCUCCAGCCUACAGUCACGCCACCCGCCUCCCUUUGCCCACAACAACAUCCUUGCGCAAUCCGAGUUAGCGGCUGCCUCAAGGAGCGUACACCCAAGCUCACUCGUCCACCGGAGCGCUAUCCGGCCCGUCUACCGGCGCGCUAUCCGGCUCUCGUCCACUGGCGCGCCAUCUGUGGCUCGUCCACUGGCGCGCCAUCCCCAGCCUGCCCUGCCAAGGGCAAGGCGUGGUGCCGACGGCGAGUCGGCCAAAAGCCAGGGCCCGCCCAAGGACGGCGGGAUCAAGGACUCGAAAAUGAACGACUUUGAGAGAUAUAUCGACACAGAAAAGGGCUGGACAUGAGGAAAGCGUCGGGAUCAUUUGGAUGACCCCGGCGCCAACGC